AUAUAAAUAAAAACGUUUCAUUUUUAAGCAAUUAAAAGCUGAGGAUCUACAGUAGUAGCCAUAGGAAUUAUAAAACAUCAUAUAAUCCUAGAUCUAUUUGUUUGAGUUCAGACCUGUAUUUAGAGUCCCUAAUUUUCUUUUGCCCUUUUCUGUCUCUCAUUACAUCAAACAUAUUAACAUAACUGCCUUGAGCUGAAGAAAAACAAGGAUUUGCCUCAGCGCCUCGUUCUUUCCCCUUUGCUUUUAUUAUAGUGUGGAAUAAUCAGUCACUACUGCUAAAGCUUUUUCUUUUUAUCAAUCAUUAUUGUGUGAUUAUUUGAAUAUAUUUAGUAAAAAUGCUUGGCUGCCUGUGAGUAACUCUCCUCCCUCCUGAAGGCAGCCAAUGACUCAUGACACGUUUGUCAGGGGGAAAGUGAAGUUCAAAGAUGCACACUGCUAAGUAAACUAAGCUUUUCAGGCAUGUUUAUGGGAACGCAGACAGAUCUCUUUGUGUUUGUAAGCCAGUGAGUCAAUGAAUAGCUAUUUUUGGGUACAUGUUCUCCGGUAGAGACGUUUGGAGGAGGUGGGAAGUAUCUUGAAUGAGUAAAGGUAUCAUGUCUUCCAGAGAGCGACGCUCCGACCUGUACAUAAAGGCUGAACCCAGCAGUCCCGAUGGAGGCGGCGGUGGUGUCGGCGGCGGUGGGAGGACCAGCCCGGGAGGAGCGUCCUCAGACUCCUCUCAGAGUGGAGGAGGGGGAUCCAGAGGAGAAGGCACUGGCCGCUACUCCCCGCCCCCUUACACGCCUGCGUUACGUUGCCAUUUUAAGGAGGAGGGUGCGGAUGGAGCCGAGGAGGGCUCUACCGGUAGCGGAGGAGGCUGCAAGUAUGCGCUAAGCACGCUUCCCAAAAGGCUGUGCCUGGUGUGUGGAGAUGUGGCGUCUGGCUACCACUAUGGAGUGGCUUCCUGUGAAGCCUGUAAGGCUUUCUUCAAAAGAACCAUACAGGGUAAUAUUGAGUACAGUUGUCCUGCCUCCAAUGAAUGUGAGAUCACCAAGCGCCGCAGGAAGGCUUGUCAGGCGUGUCGCUUCACCAAGUGCCUCAAAGUAGGCAUGCUCAAAGAAGGUGUCCGCCUGGACCGAGUCAGAGGUGGACGGCAGAAAUAUAAAAGACGCCCAGAGGUGGAGAAUGCUACGUACCAGAGUGCGCCGAUACCUUUAAGGAAGGAAGGAGAGAAGGGCUCAUCCAGCAUCAUUGUCUCUCAUCUGCUGGUGGCGGAGCCAGAAAAGCUGUUUGCUAUGCCAGACCCCUUGCAGCCUGACACGGCCCAGCGCACGCUCACCACUCUCUGUGACCUGGCCGACCGGGAACUAGUUGUCAUCAUCGGCUGGGCCAAGCACAUUCCUGGCUUUCUCUCACUGUCAUUGGCUGACCAGAUGUCCGUGCUGCAGUCUGUGUGGCUGGAGGUGUUGGUGUUGGGGGUGGCGUACCGUUCUCUCGGCUGUGAGGACGAGGUGGUGUUUGCUGAGGACUUUGUGCUGGAUGAGGAGAUGUCUCGUGUGGCCGGUCUGACCGAACUCAACGCCGCCAUCAGCCAGCUCGCUCGGCGUUUCAGAGCCCUGCAGCUGGACCGUGAGGAGUUCGUCAUGCUCAAGGCCAUCGCGCUCACCAACUCAGACUCAGUGUACAUUGAGGACAUGGAGGCCGUGCAGAAGUUACGGGACCUGCUGCAUCAGGCUCUGCUGGAGCUGGAGGUCCAGCGACGCCCUGACGACCCUCAGCGCGCAGGACGUCUCCUCCUCACCCUGCCCCUCCUCAGGCAGACUGCCGGCCGGGCCCUCACCACCUUCUACAGCAUCAAAACCCGCGGCGGCGUGCCUAUGCACAAACUCUUCCUGGAGAUGCUGGAGGCCAUGAUGGACUCACCCUAGAGAAGAGACGACGACGAAGGAUGACGGAUGAAGAAAACGAGCAAAUCGUUGACCCGGAGUCUUUUCGUGUGCGCAAGGGCUACAAAAGCCAAAAGAAAACACUUUUUGGGGUUCAAUAUGAAGAAGACGCUUUGUGUAGCUGUCCGCCGGUACUGAUCUUUCACAUCCAAUGCUCCUCCUUCACUUGAUUUCAAUGGGUACAACGUCAACACAGACUAGGGUUAGAUACACUUAAUAUUUAUAUCAGUGUUAGAGAAACCGUGUAAUUCAUUCUGUCACUUCACGGCCAUCCUGAUAAGUGUUUCUAGGAGCUAACCAUUACUGUAAACUCAGAGAAAUUCACGUGCCAAGGGCGCCUACUGAGACUGCAGCAAUAUGAACUCUUCCCUGAAUCACGCGAUUCAGCGAUAUCUCCUUCUUUAACAAUGGUAGGCCAUCUAAACAAACUAUCACUACAGUUAUAACAGAGUAAGCUUUCUUUUUCUCCUUAAACCAGUGCAAAAAAGGCACUUGUGUAAAGUUAAUAACGUCUUUUAUAAUGCACUCGCCAUACUACAAGUGCUAUUUAACUUUGUCCCGCUAGCUUUUUGUGGAAUAUGCAACACCUAGGUGAAGAUGUACAGGAGGAAAUACAGCUCAAGACAAACAUAUUUCAGUUUACUGGUACUGCAGAUAUACUGCAACAACAUAUUAUGUAAAGCAAUAUGAAAGAUUUCAUAACUCAUUUGUUGUCAGCCGUUUUUAAAAACAAGAGGCUGCCAUGCCACGUUCUGCUUCUAAACGAAAUUUAGUAGAGGUGUAGGCGCAUAGCAAAGUCAGAUUUUUUGAUUGUAGUAAAUUUUAAUAAUCCAUGCCGUCCUUUGUAUAUUAGCCAGUUGUUUAAAAAAAAUAAAUAUGGAUUAUGUGAAUGGGAGAUUAUAGGUACUAUAAAUGCUGAACUGAAUCAACAGUGCGUCAAAAUCAGGGUAAACGGGGAGUUUUUUCCUCCUGUAGGACACUACUGUAGUUUGAUUUUUGCUGUAAUAGUUUUUCAGACGGCGUGGGACCCUCUGAUAUCGUCCUCGAUUCUUCAGAUGACACUGGCCUGCUUGUGAGUAAUUAGUUUGGAAAGACGAUUUUUAGUCGUUCAGAAGAAAGAUCAUAUUCUGUAUUGUAAUCUUUCAUUUGUGCACGGACGCAGCCGGACAGUCGCAGGUUCAUUCUGUGAUAUUCAAACUGAAAGCCUCUGUGGUGCAGAGCAACAUUAAAUGCAAAUUGGAAAGCCUCACGAUUUGGGCUGAUCCCAAGCCUUCGCUUCGAGACUCUUCGUUUGGUUGUUUUAGGAUGUGUUUGCGUGAUCUCCUCAUAGUUGUUUGUUUUGCAGACGCUCGUCUGGUAUUAUAUGCAAUCAUACACCGUUCAGAGUGCUACAACUCCUCUACCUUUUAUUUAUUCUACACGUGUGAAAACAGGAGGAAGAAAAGCCAGUUGCCAUUUUGGCCUCUUUACCAAUUUAAGUACUAAAAAUGAAAACCACUGUUGUACAGAGUUAGAGCUCGGAGGUGACGCCACAUCUUCAGGGUGAUUUUCACUGUAUACUGUUCGCGGCAAUGAUUGUAUGCGCGCUCUAAAAGGGGUUCGCUGCAGAGGGAAAGAAUCUUCCAAGGUUGAUAUUUAUAAUAUUUUCAGCUCAACAUUAGGUUUUUUUUAGUCCAGGAUACUGAGGGGACGUGUUGUGAUUCAUACGAGUUUCUGUUGCUCAUUUUGUGCUCAUGGCAUGAGUUUAGGUUUUGGUUUUUCCAUAUAGACUAUGAAGCUUGGCCUCAGGUUUGGUAUUGAAAUAAAGCAAUUCAUUUGGGAGAUUGUUAUGAAAUGUCUGUUUUGUAUUGAAUUGUUUUUUAGAUUUAUCUUUUUGUGAUUAAAGUACUAACUUUAAGACAUAUGAAAGCCAGUGGACGUUAUAUUCCUGUGUUCAUUUUCGCUCAAAAUAGAAUUGCAGAUUAUAGGCACUAAACUGCAAAACUUUCUCUCUUUUUUCGUAAAAUUAUGCCCGUUUGGCUGUUAAGGGAAUUUUGGGAUAUUUCGAUAAACUCGGUUUAAUUUUUUCAAUUCAAUCUAUAUGCAUUUAUCAAAACUGAAGAAUGCUUUUUUCAGUAUGUUUAUUUUUAUUUUUUUAUUUUAUACACAGGAAGUUAAUGUCUCUCCUAAGUGGUUAUUGGGAUGUCAUGGACUGUGUACAUAGCCAUGAAUGAGUGGGUCCAUUCAAAGACAGCUGUAAAAUAUGUCAAUGUUUGUGUCAAUAAUAACUCUAAUAUAACGAUGAUAUUACAGUAGUGUUUUCAUAAUGGUAAGCAUUAUAUAAAGCCAUUUUGUCUGUCAGACUUAGAACAUAACAUAUGAUUGAGAGAUAAAUUAAAUUCAUGGCUAGGUGUUUUUUGUGUGUCUGUGUAUAUUUAUGUAAAUGAGCAAUACCAGAAUUUACCAAAAUGUUUCUUUUCACAUUUUUUCUGUAUAUUGAUAUACUGUAAAUCAAACCUCAACAGUAACACUAGUGAUAACAGUCAAUAGUAAUAAUAAGAACUACAGUAAAGAACAAAUCAAUAUUUGUAUUCCAAAAUGUUGUAUUUAAAAGAUUAAAAUCUAUUUUUUACUCAAUUUGCGGAUGUUUAUUAAUAUUAUUGUUCUGGUAUUUGUGUGGGUUGAAGUCAAAUGAUUGUAAAUGUCUGUGCUUUUUUUGCUUUCCUUUUUGUAAAGCUCAGUGGUUCUGCAGUAGUAACUAUUUCAACACUUUGUUCAUAUUGAAUCACUGUGAAGAGAAAGCAAACACUAAAACACCACAGGAAAAUAGAGGUAUUUUAAAAUAUUGUCAGUGUCAAUGUGUUUUGUAAUAAAUUAACACGCGUCAUCACUUGUCAUUGGA